AUGUCGUCUAACGCUCAGUCACCUGUUGUCAUGGCCGUGCCCACCCCUUGUCGCCGCUCUCCAAUACUCCGUGACGCCAGUCUCGGUCAGGAAUUUUCUCAAUGUUUGUCAACGACUCUCGACCUCAAGGCUAAAAGUGCAUACAACUUUCUCUCGUCAGAUUUUGCUCACGACUACUCACCGCCGGCUCCUCCACCUCCGAGUCCAGUCAACCUGCCAGCUGAUAGCUGGAAUUCAUCUUGUACCGUACGUUCGUGA